CCUCCUCCAGUAUCUGACAAAGCGAUCGUCAGGCUCCGGGCGGCACGCGCACCAGGUCGCUCCAGAGACUUCCAGCCGCUGUCGGUGCCUCCGCGUCUGUCAGGCCCUGCUGUUGACUACAGAGGAAUUUCACCUCUGGAUCUGAGUUAAAAACAUUUACGAUAAUGCCCACAAUAAAAUUACAGAGCUCCGAUGGGGAAAUCUUCGAGGUGGAUGUGGAGAUAGCCAAACAGUCUGUCACCAUCAAGACCAUGUUAGAAGAUUUGGGAAUGGAUGAUGAAGGAGAUGAUGACCCAGUUCCUCUCCCUAAUGUAAACGCUGCCAUCCUCAAGAAGGUGAUUCAGUGGUGUACCCAUCACAAAGAUGACCCUCCUCCUCCUGAGGACGAUGAGAACAAAGAGAAGAGGACAGAUGACAUUCCUGUAUGGGACCAGGAGUUCCUCAAAGUGGACCAAGGCACCUUGUUUGAACUCAUUCUGGCCGCCAACUAUUUGGACAUCAAAGGCCUGUUAGAUGUCACCUGCAAGACGGUGGCCAACAUGAUUAAAGGCAAAACCCCGGAGGAGAUCAGGAAGACUUUCAACAUCAAAAAUGAUUUCACAGAGGAAGAGGAAGCCCAGGUACGCAAAGAGAACCAGUGGUGUGAAGAGAAGUAAAGGGGGAGAUCCUGCCAACACUACCACACUGAAAAAGGAAUUGUCCCUGCUAACUGGUUGCACUGGCGUUGUUCAUACUUGUCAAUAUUUACAUUUAGUAUAUUUAGAGCCAGCCACCCCCACCCCCACUUUCCCCUCCCCUCAGUUUCUGUAUACCAAUAGCAUGACUAUUUUAACUUGCCUGUGUGUUGUCAUUAAUUUAAACAAAGAAGCUCUUUUCUGUUUCUACACACACACACACACACACACACACACACACACACACACGCCGUGUAUUCACAUACAGUAAAUAGUCCUGGUUUCAUGGCUUUGUACCCUUAAAGAUCAGAAAAUAUUUCCCUAUUAUUAAUCGCUAUGUUUGUCUUUUUUACUGGACAUGUUUUCUUUUAGGUUAAUUGAUUAAAUAAAAAUGGGUUUUUUGACAAUGGAGAUGAAAGGGUGAAUAUUUUAUUUUUUGCUCUGUAAAUGCAUCUGUUGUGAAACCAUGUUCAGAGAGGACGGGGCUGUUUUUAGAGGAAAAGUGAAGUUUGAGGUGGAAAGAUGUUCUGUUGCAUCACGUCCUCUAGACUUUGGAAGUACUUGUGUGUUGUCGCACAGCAUCGAGUAACUCCUUCCUAAUUCAUGUUGUUUUGAAUUGGAAACUUUUCUCAGAUUAAGCUCUGAUGCUGGGGGUUUUGGGGAUGAUGAAACAUUUAUUGAAGGAGUAAAUAAAACGCAUAAAAAGGC